AGGGUGGCAGAGGGGGAAAAAAAGGCUCAAUUAAUUCAGGCUGGAUGGGAGGGAUGUUGUUGCUGUCCCUGCCGAGGCUCCAGUACCUCUGCCGUGCUGCGUGUAGCUGAGUGUUUGUGUGAGAGAGGAGGACGAGGCUGCCGGCUGCUGCUGCUGCUGCUGCUGCUGCUCGCUGGGAGCCAGACACCAGAAAACCAGACACCCGAGCAGCCGAGCCCACAACCAGCCACUGCUCCAAGUCCAAGCCUCCUCAGCUCCUCAGACUGGGAACGGACCGUCAAGUCUUCACUGAGGGACCAAACAGGAGUGUUACUGUACGUGGACCAGUGGUGGCAGCAAUGGCCAGAGGGCAGAGAAGAUCUUUGUUGCUGAGGACUCGCUGAGAGACUUCGUGCCGUCUUCUAAGCCAUGAGGGAUACUUUGGUACUGUGACAGACAGUUGCCUUGUGGACGUACAACUGCCUGACAUUAUCCUCGCGGGGAGCUGAACCACAUGGAGUAAACCACAUUUAGCUUUGGUCUAAUGAGUAACUGCCCCCACAUCUACCAGUAGAAUAAAGUCAUUUUUGUGACCCAGCCCACAAGUUUUAGCACACAACUUCACACAAAAGAGGAGCAGCAAAACAUUUCCAAGUACGUUCGCUUCUUCACUCAAGGGUAUAUUCAGGAAGAGAGCGCGCCGCCCCCCCAUCCAUCCCUUACUGCCUUGAAAAACACUGAUCUCUAUAAUAUCAUUUUUCUAAUUUUCCAAUACUCUCGCUGCCUCCACCAGCACUCAUGUGACCUCAGUUAUUUGAGCCCUCCACCUCCUUCGCGCUCGCAAGGUGCUCGUCGUAGAGACGCAGAGAUGACAGCCCACCUUCUCACCUCCAUCUCAUUACACGAGCUGACCCAAGGAUAACCGGCAUUCCCAGAGCUUGUGGACUAUACACACACUCCCACGCACGCGCAGCCCUGUCCCCGGCUCCCGGCCACAGGCAGGAUGGGAGACGGGAGCUGGGUGUGUUUGAGCCCGGCUGAGUUUAGCCAGCUGCAACAGUACAGCGAGUACUCCACCAAGAAGCUGAAGGAUGUGCUGGAGGAGUUUCACGGUGAAGGAGUCCUUUCCAAAUACAACCCUGAGCAGAAGCAAGACGUUCUCAACCAACCCAUCGACUAUGAAGGCUUCCAGCUCUUCAUGGCCACGUACCUAGAGAACGACAUCCCAGAGGAGCUUUGUCAGCACCUCUUCACCUCCUUCAAAAGCAAGACAGGAGGCUGCUCCCCUGAUGUGGCCCGCACAGGUGCAGGCAUGCUGGAGGCCCGUUCCAUUGACGCAGGCAUCUCUAUACAGACCGAAGUGGCCUGUGCUCCCAUUACAGGGAUGAAUGGAAAGAGCAUCCUGUCAGCCAUGGGCCGACACACACCGGAGCAUUCCAGUGCAAUAACCACGGCGGGCUCAGGGGCCACCACCUCCCCGUGCUCAUCCCGCUCCUCCUCACAGCGUUCAGGGACAGGGGCCCACACGCCUGGGGGGCCCCAGCGGUCGCCCUGCGCCCAAGUCAAACCCUCCGACAGCAGCAGCAACGCCCUGACACCCAACACAGGUCCCGCCCGGUCCCCGGUCUCUCCCCACCUCUCGCCAGAGAGGAACCGACCGGAGAAGCGCCUGUCGCUGCGGAGGAGCCCGUCGCCCCAGAAGUGCUCCCCCCUGCCGCCCCCCCAGGUGGUCUUCCUGAAGGACAUCGUCUGCUACCUUUCCCUGCUCGAGAGGGGAAUGCCGGAGGACAAGCUGGAGUUCAUGUUCAGGCUGUACGACACAGACGGCAACGGGGUGCUGGACAGCUCGGAGCUGGAUCGCAUCAUCAAUCAGAUGGUCCACGUGGCGGAGUACCUGGAGUGGGACUCCACGGAGCUCCGACCGAUUCUGAAGGAGAUGAUGGAGGAGAUCGACUACGACCGAGACGGGACAGUCACACUGGAGGAGUGGAUCAGAGGAGGCCUCACCACCAUCCCUUUACUGGUCCUGCUGGGCAUGGAGACGAACGUGCAGGAAGACGGGCAGCACGUGUGGCGCCUGAAGCACUUCAACAAACCGGCCUACUGUAACUACUGCCAUACCAUGCUGCUAGGAGUUCGCAAGCAGGGCCUCUGCUGCUCCUUAUGCAAGUACACAGUCCAUGAACGCUGUGUGUCCAAAGACAUUGCUGCCUGCAUCAGCACCUACGCCAAGUCACGCAGACACACCAAUGCUAUGCAGCACGUGUGGAUGGAGGGUAACUCUCCCACCAAGUGCGACCGCUGUCACAGAAGCAUCAAGUGUUACCAGGGCCUGACAGGCCUGCACUGUGUCUGGUGUCAGAUCACUCUCCAUAAUAAGUGUGCAUCCAACGUGAAGCCAGAGUGUGAUGGAGGAGCCCUGAGGGACCACACUCUGCUGCCCUCGUACAUCUGCCCCGUUGUCUUGGACCGUCACUCCGUGGUGAAGCGUGGAGAGGGGGAGUCUCCCCCCAGCACCAGCCCCGACGACGCAAAUCAGACUUUCAAAUUCACUGCUGGAGACGGACAGGCGCUGCAGAUCACCCCUCUCCCAGGUACACACCCACUCCUGGUCCUGGUCAACCCCAAGAGUGGAGGGAGACAAGGGGAGCGAGUCCUGAGGAAGUUCAGGUACCUGUUAAACCCCAGACAGGUGUACAGUUUGGAGCGAGGGGGCCCGAUGGUGGGGCUCAACUUUUUCCACGAUGUGCCUGAUUUCCGGGUGCUGGCAUGUGGAGGUGAUGGCACCGUGGGCUGGAUCCUGGACUGUAUAGACAAGGCCAACUUUGCCAGGCACCCACCAGUGGCGAUCCUCCCUCUGGGCACAGGGAACGACCUGGCACGCUGCCUACGCUGGGGAGGAGGCUACGAGGGCGGCAGCCUGCUGAAGUUCCUGCGGGACAUUGAGCACAGCACAGAGGUGCUGCUGGACCGCUGGAACAUCGACAUCAUCCCCGACGACAAGGAGGAGAAGGGAGACCCCGUCCCCUACAGCAUCGUCAACAACUACUUUUCCAUUGGAGUGGAUGCCUCCAUUGCCCACCGCUUUCACCUGAUGCGAGAAAAGCACCCUGAGAAGUUCAAUAGCAGAAUGAAGAACAAGCUGUGGUACUUUGAGUUUGGCACCACUGAGACCAUAUCUGCCACCUGCAAGAAGCUUAACGAAUGCAUAGAAGUGGAGUGUGAUGGGAUCAUCUUGGACCUCAGCAACACCUCCUUGGAGGGCAUCGCUGUGCUCAACAUUCCCAGCAUGCAUGGUGGCUCCAAUCUGUGGGGCGAGACGAAGAAGAGGAGGAACUACAAUCGCAUGAGCAAGAAGGUUCCUGACAGGAUGCCUGCCAGCACUGUCACUGACGCUAAAGAGCUCAAGUUUUGUGUGCAGGACUUGAGUGACCAGCUGCUGGAGGUGGUUGGUCUGGAAGGGGCCAUAGAGAUGGGGCAGAUCUACACGGGACUGAAGAGUGCAGGCCGUAGAUUGGCCCAGUGUGCCAGCGUCACCAUCAGGACGUCCCGGCUGCUGCCCAUGCAGAUUGAUGGCGAGCCCUGGAUGCAGCCUCCCUGCACGGUCAGGAUCACACACAAGAACCAGGUCCCCAUUUUGCUGGGCCCACCGCAGAAGACGCCGUUCUUCUUCUUCAAGAAACGCAACCGGAGCCGCGACUAGGAGACAUACGCAAACACACACACACAUACACACACACAUACACCCCACGCAUGCACACACACACACACACACACACACAGCUAUCACCCAUCAGCAGCUCCACCAGAUGACUGGCACACCUUUGCCAGGGUGGAGUUUGAUACUGGGUGUUUUGUUAAUGUCAGUAUGCCCACAGACAAUCCACUCCCAACGGGACCUAAAGUGAUGGCACCCAAAAUGAAAUGACUCUCAGUAUACUGACCUAUUCCUGUGUAACGAUUAUCUUCUAGUUUCUCUCUUGAACACUGACCUGCCCAUGGCUGAGUCUAAAUCUCAGCUUUAGUUAGGCUUUAGUUGGUCUCUGCCCCUUGCAACAGCCAAACCUUGAUCCUCUUAGUCCAAGCACCCCUGUACCUCAGCCAUAUACCAGUACCACACUGCCUGCUAGACACAUUGCCAGCUUGUUGGUUCCUGGGAUCCCCUCACAGUCCUUAAGUGGAGCGGGCAUAAAGAAAAGGAUGCAUAGCGAGUCAGAAAAUAGGUGGGGGGGUGCUGAUGAAAAAAAAAAAAAAGCCAGGGAGAGAAGUAGGUUACGAGAUGAGACAGUGAAGGCAGAAAGAGAUGAAAACAGACUGGAGGGAGAAACAGGAGGAGCAACGAGAAGGUGGAGUGGUUGAAUGGGGAAAGUGGUGCGGCAGUGGGAGACUCGGCUGUUUACGAGGCCAGUGAGAAAGCAGAGUAAGAUCCACCUCUUUGUGGAACCUGUAUGAAUAAUGAAACAGUGAUUGCUUGUAAGAGCGCUCACUCCUGGGCCUCCCCACAGACCGACAACACGGCACAAUCGAGAAGAGGAGCGGAAAAGGCUCAUCCAUUAUUGACCCACUUCGUUUAUGGGUAGAUGGCGCUGGCCUGGGAUGGGAGAAACAAGCAGGGAUUUCAGGCCCCUAGCAUCACUAGCCUACAAACAAGGAUCUUCUAAACCGUAGUUACAGCCUCUGUAGAUGAUCUGGUAGUAGACCUUUGGCAAAGUAAGUCUCUUUCCAGCUGCACAGACAGUAUUUAUCUCUAUUUAAAUCAGCGAUAAACUGACCAGAGACGAGAUUGAAAGUAGGGAUCGGAGACACACAGUGUUUCUGGUGUGUCUCGCUUUCUGCAGGAACAUAUUAAAUUUGUCCCAAUAUUUGCUGCGUGCCAAGACAACCAUGCAGAUUGAAUCAACAACCACUCCUGUCACCGAGCCACCAUGCACCAGACAUCCUAACCCCUGGCAGAGGACACUUUCAGUGGGUCAAGGCUUGAAAUAAAUCUCCUGCUGGGGUAUAACAGCAGGGGCCCCCAGGGUUUUAUUUACCAGAGCACUGACAGGGGGACUAAAUUUACCCCUCUAUUUCAGGGAGGAUCUAUCUUAUCCUCCUGUGAAACUCUAUGCUUGAUUACAGUGUCAAAACAUCAACUCGCAAUGUCAAGUGUGCUGUCAGGGGGCGCAAAACCCGGGGCACCCUCUGCAAAGUGAAGGAUGUCUUCAUGUCACUCAUGUUUUUGCUCAACCUCACCAAAUGAAGAUGUGUCAAUAAUGGAAGACAAAAUUAAAGAGAAGAUGGAGGAGAUAUAAAUAGUAGAAAAAACUAGUUCUAAUACUAAUAGUUUAUACUAUAAAAUCAGUCAGAAACCUUUGCAGUCACAAGGCAGAAAGCUUAGUUCAGUGUUCAUAGAGAAUGCACCCAACAUGAACAUAUUACUCUCCCAACAAUAUGGCAGAUUAUUCUAUAUGUGCAGACACAGUAUAUGUAUAUUUCUGGAAAGUAGGUGUAGUGCACAUAUACACACAAACGUGUUUUUAAUAAUAUUAUAUCAUUGUUAUUAAUGUAGAAUUUGUAGCUUAGAGGAGUACAGAUCAGUAUUCUGCAGUGGGUCACCGUGCAGAGCGGCUCACGUUGGAGCUGGUACAAUCGCUCUGUCAAGGCAGUUUUUCACAUCGUCUGAUUCACAUGAGGUGAGAUCUAAACUGGGUGGUGUAGCAACGUGUGACCACCUCUCCUCAAUGUGGCUGUUUGCUCGCGCAUGGAGGGAAUCCAAGCACGAGCUAAGUCUGACCAAAACAUCAAAUACCACAAAAUCAUACAGAAUCUGUCGUCCUGAUCUAAGAUGUCAUAUGAAUGAUGAUUUCCUCAGAAUGCAGAGACACAAAAGGAAUGUAAAGGGGCUGGUGUCGAAACGGCACGGGAUCUGUCUGAUGGGAGUGAGGUGUUUGGGAAAACUGUCUUGAAUCAUGCCGAAUUGUAUCUAUCUGCAGCACAGGGUAGAGCAAAUUGGUGACAAGUUCCUAGUGGUGCAAACUGAGCUCCGCCAUAGGGUGAGGCUUUCACGCCUCCACACCCUGUUUCCCUUUAAAACGCACUGAGUCUUGCACCCAGGCCCCAUGAAAACACACAGGAUGUCCGAUGCACAUGUGUAUAGAUGCUGUAGCUACCCCUGCCAAGAUACGAUUCUGGGUUCCUGCAAACAGGAUUAAAAUCAUCCCAGGGAUGAAGUUCUUCAGGUUAGUUAAAUACGAGUUUCAUCCAACUGAAUUGUUUAUAUUUAAAUGUACACUGAUGUAAAUUCAUAACAUAUCUAGUAUAACUGUGAUGCCAUGCCAACAUAGGACGAGUGUCACGAGAUAAUCAACGCAUCAUGAUCUCAUACAUUUCUGCUUAUUUUGUAGUAGUCCCAAUGGAGCCUGGGCGGGAAGACAGCUCAGUGGGAAAAGAGUGCAUGUUUACAGUUACUUUACAUUUAUUGAAUGAAUUAUUUUAGACAGGUAUAUUAUCAAGUGUACAUAUUUGUUUAUAAUAUUUUAUCUGAAGUUAACUUACACCACCGCAUGCCUGCUGAAACAAAAGGAGAGUGAAAACGUGUGCAAUUGAUGAAAGACCACGCUCAUUAUUGCAGUUACUUUUCCCUCAGAACUCUCACCUGUGGAUCAGACUCUUAAGUCUUAUUCUUUACUUAACAAUUCCAUUUAUCUGAUUAUUAUAUUUAUUUGUUGUGAUUUUCUUCUUUUUUUUUGUUUUUGGAAGCAUGUUUAUGAUGCUGUGCAAGGAAAGGCAGCAAAGGAACUGUGUGAGUACAUGAAAAAAAGAAAGAAAUGUAGAAUUCCCAGAUGAAGUGUCCACUGUCAUAAUAUCUACUCGUGAUUUACCAUCUGAUCAAGGAGCGCCAGCAUAGACACCCACACAGAGCCUGUCAGACUCAAUCCCCAAAGUGUGUGUCACGACUCAUGCCUGGGCCUGUCCUUUGAAGUAAUCAAUUGCCUUAACUAACAAAUGGAGCCACUCUCUCUGUCUCUCUGCUCUCUUUAGCUUUGCAGAUAAACACAGAGAACUAGAAUCCGUCAAAGCAGAAAUCACCGGAUAGGAUAGAAAACACCAUCAUUUGCAGCAACAUUUCCAAUAGCACAUUGCCACCACUAAAAUGAUCACCACCAAAAAAAAAAAAACGAUUUGGUUCACAGAGAUUGAUGUGUGACCGUUGCAGACAAACCAAGAGGACCCAAGGCAAUCGAUACCUUUUAACCCCCUGUAGUUAUUAGUGGCAGUGUUAUGUACAAUAUUGCCAUCAGUGAGCAGCAGAGGAUGGCCUGCCUUUUGCUCCCGUGAUGAUAACAGUGUGACGAGCUGAACCAUGGUGACCUGUAUUAGCGAGCACGGGAAGUGAUAUCUGUAUCUAUCUAUAUCUACGGGUUCAGUUUCCCAAAGCAUGCCAUCUUUAAUCUAUAUCUGCUGAUAAUUGACGGGGUUUACUGGGUUUCACAUUGUUCAAAGCAGAUCUAUCUCGCUGUUUUGAUUCAGAUUAAAGGAAAAUUCCACCCUUGGAUACUUUUACAUAUCUCAUCAAUCUGUGAUGAUCAGUGCAUUCCAGGAGUUAUUUAUGAUCAUUUGAUUUUUUUUUUUUUUUUUUGUACCCACUUUGCCUCAGCCUGCCUCAUCCACCUUUACUCCAGUUAGCCAUUUCCCACAUUUCUAGAAUGGCUUUCAAAAAUAACCCAAAAUGCGGACAUGAACCUGUUGCACUCACCUGUGGUUUAUAUGUGUAGGUGGAGAAAGUGACAGCUGUAGCAGAGUGAGAGUUUUUCCAAUUACUGUAAGGAAAGGAAGAGUUUCACUACUUGCUCAAAACACAACAAAUUGUCUGGCUGCAUUGUACUGUGGCCUGAACUGCAUUCAUCAUAGCUUGUUGAAAUAGUUUUAAAUCCCGCUGUCCAGCUGUGCUGGAAAAAUCUGGACAGGACAUCUCACAUCACAAAUAUCUGGCCAGUUAUCCAGAGGAACAAGAAAAAUACACCAACAAACAACAAAUGGAACCCAGAAAUGCAGCAUACAUCACAUUAGUUGUUUUUGGCUGGACUGCACAGCCGGGCCAGCCCCACAAACGUGAACAUCUCAGACUGAGAGAUGAAGUUACGCGAUCAGUCAGCCAACCAACAACAUCACUGGUAAACAUGUAAGAGGCCAGACAGUAAUGGCUGCCAUUGGUCGAUCGAGUGUUGGACUUUCCCCUUUAGUCAUUGCUCUUUCCAAAUGAAUUGAUGCAAACGCCCCUCCCCCGUCCUCAGCGGGCGUUUACAGCAGUUCAACUUAUUGACUGCAGCUUAUUCCAAAUUUAUCACACAGUAAAACUACAAGAGCAACUUGAAAUGGCUGCUUCACAUGAACAAUAUUAGUGUAACUAAAGAUUUGCUGAAAAAAAUAUUUUUUACAUGGAUAGAUUAUCAACUACGAUUCUCACUUUGGUCUCACCUUCGCAUUUCCUGUGUGUAAGCAGAGCUGAUCAAUUUCUCUCACAUCUCUCUCAGCUCACAGUAUCAGCUCAGCUCGCUCGGUACCUUGAGGUGACUCAAAAAACAGUAUCAGGUACUAUCCACAACUUUUGUUUCAGUGAAAAACCAAGAAAGGCAAGUGUGGUCAAUUUGAGUCUUACCAUGUAGUGGAAAAGCAUCUUAUUUUAUAUUCUUGGUUUUUUAAAUAUAGACAUGGUCUAGCCAUACACAAGGUUUUAACCUAGUCCUGUUUUUAACAGUGAUUAAGUGUUUAAGGGUGGAUUUUUCCUUUAAAGGUUGCAUAUUUGCGUGCACUUUUUAGUAGUCAAGGUCCUAGUUGAUUGCUGCCACUGCAAAGCUCCACUUUAACCCGUCUCCAGUAAUUAGCUACACCCACAUUAAUCAACAUAAUCACAUAAAGAGAUGGUCAUCAGUUGUCCCCCUUCCAGUGCCCUGACCUUCAGGGGGCAGAGGGGGCUUUGCUUGUCCCCUCUAAGAGGCCGUGGUGGUUUAUCACGGCCUACCGUCCUGACAGUGUGAUCCUAUUCUUAUCCCGGGACAGAUUAGCAGUAUUGAGUGACAUCAGAGGCACAGAUGCAGCAGAGCCCCAAUGUGCUGUUGUUCUACGUGUAUGCUAUAAAAUCAUAGAAAUAGAAUCCACAGAGCAGACUUUCCUAUGUGAGUCAGCGGGGAUGUAGGAAGGCCCGACAUCAGACAAAGGCCUACAUCACAGUCGCGCAAGGAUCAACUCCGAUGAGGUUCACUAAUCAGCCUGGGUUUCCUUCAGGCGGAUUACUGAGAGGGAAAAAGUUGAUCAUUGUAUGUCAUCAUGAGCACAGCUAAUCAAAUUAUGAACGGGGUUGUGUCUUCUCUGUUAAUUCUACUUCUGUGGUAUGAUCCUCCCGCCCUCAGGGUCAGUAUGGUAUGGGACUUUCAGCCCAUAGAGGGUCAAGGGCAGACAGAGUCGCUCAUGUCUGGGAUGUGAUUGGGUAAAAAGAGGUGGAGAAUCAAUAUCUUCAGCUCUGCAGUCUGCCCCGGUUCUGUCUGUAUGUCACCCUCGCUGUUUGUUAGAUGUUGGCGUUUUGAUGGACAAAAAGAUUUAUCAAAUAAACAAAAGAGGUUGAAUAUGCA